GUCCGCUCGCUUCUUUCCUUGCUCUUCCCUUCCUUCGAACGAGAUAGCCUCCCACGCCCGCAACCCAGCACUUCUUCGGCCCAGCGCAACCAUGGGCCCGCAGCGAUACGAGCGGGUAGCAGCGAACGACGACGACGACGACACUGUCGAUACACCCCAGAGCCCUCAAGCGCCGUUCGCAAUCCCCGCCUCGCCACCCCCAUCGUUCCACAGCCGCGCCUCAUCACCCGCCGCCGCCGCUUCGCGCCGUCUCCUGUCCGACGAUCCGCUAGCCAACGACGCAGACGGCACGCUCGCAGACACAUUCGAUGCGGAUUCAGAUGACGAUGAAGACGAGAGCGAUGAUCGACAGCGACUUAUGCGGGGAAACCCAGACGAGCAGCGGGAGGCAGACGACAACACGCUGAGGCCAGUGAGGCCCGGCCGGCAAAGAAGCGUGACACAGCUGCCCGUCUUCAACACAGUCGCACCAACUGGCGGCCGGAUAUACGGCGGAGGACAGAACGACGGCGUGUGGGCGAACCUCAGCGCAAAGCCGACAAGAGGCGAAGAGGCAGAGGAGAAGCCUCCGACCUACGAACAAGCCGCCGCAGACGCUACGCCCCCGUACUGGGAAACCACGAUCCUCGCGCCCGGCACCUUCGGCGACGAGGUCUUUGUCGAAGGCCUUCCCGUCGGCUCUGUUUUCUCCUUCAUCUGGAACGCCAUGAUCUCCAUGUCCUUCCAGCUCGUCGGCUUCCUCCUUACGUAUCUCCUCCACACCACGCACGCCGCCAAAAACGGCUCCCGCGCAGGCCUCGGCAUCACCCUCGUCCAGUAUGGCUUCACCAUGAAAUCAGCCUCCAACCUCUCGCCCGGAAACGACUCGCCAGGCGGCGGCUUCGACGGCGGCGUCCCCAGCGACCCCAACAGCCACGACUUCGAUCCAAACGCGCUGGGCGGCGGUGGUGUCACGGGCAACGAGACGCCUACAAGCUCAGAUAUUAGCAGCAGCGAUUGGCUUGCGUACGGGCUGAUGAUUGUGGGGUGGUUCAUCUUGAUCAAGAGCAUAAGCGACUUUGUCCGAGCGCGGCGGCACGAGCAGCUUGUGCUGCAGUCGCCCGACCGGGGACUGGGCGUUGCCGUGAUUGCUGAGGGGGAGAGCCCCGAGAGGAGCGUCUAGACUAUCGCGAUGAAUGUUUCCUUGGUCUCUUUUCUAUCAUUUUCUCUCUUCUUCAUUGUAGCAAGCGCCAUUGAUAUCUAGGGUAUGGAGUUUGCUGGAUUGGGCUGGAUGGGUUGGAUAGCAUGGACGGGUGGGUGUAUGUCGCAUGCACAUGCAAGUUCAUAUUGGGUAGAUUUGGGGAGGGGAAGAGGGGGAGAGUGGAAGGGAGUGUUCAAGAGAACAAAUAUGCGCAUACGCACGACGUUUUUCUUUAUGUCACAUAGGAAGCGUGCGAGGGAUUGGAAUUGGAAACAUGAUAUCCAUUUUGACAUCUGAGAGAUCGCCUGAGCUGUAGUGGCAGUGUUGUACAUGAUGCGCUAAACUUCUGCGUUAUUCCAUCUAGCCAAGUGACAUGCUCCACGCGCAUUCGCUGCACAAGGCAGCGUGAUU